ACCAAAUUACUCAUUCUGCCUUAAACGGGACGUUGUGUUGCGUUUCACAAUAACAGAACGUGCUAAAAUGGGUAAUAUGGCAACAGAGAUAGUUGCCUUCCUUCUCACCAUAUCCGGAUGGAUACUAAUCUCCUCCACGCUCCCGACUGACUACUGGAAAGUGUCAUCAGUAGAUGGGACGGUCAUCACAACAGCAACCUUUUGGUCCAAUCUCUGGAAGACGUGCGUCACGGAUUCAACCGGAGUCUCCAACUGCAAGGACUUUCCUUCUAUGCUUGCACUGGAUGCUUACAUCCAGGUGUGUCGAGGACUGAUGAUCUCAGCUGUGUGUUUGGGAUUUUUUGGAGCUAUUCUGGCACUAGUGGGCAUGAAGUGCACUAAAAUAGGGGGAUCAGAGACCACCAAAGCCCGGAUCACCUGUCUAUGUGGACUACACUUCAUCCUCAGUGGAAUCUGCUCUAUGACCGCCUGCUCUCUCUAUGCACACCGGAUAACAUCAGAGUUCUUUGACCCCUUAUUUGUGAAACAGAAAUUUGAACUUGGUGCGGCUCUGUUCAUUGGCUGGGCAGGAUCUGUUCUCAGCAUUCUUGGAGGAUUUCUCUUUUGCUUUUCCAUGUCAGAAGGAUUCAGCAUCAGGGAGUACUCCUACAAUGGCGCAACAUCCUUCAUAACAACACGAACCAGGAUCACAAAGAUGGACAGAAACCCUGAGACUCCUCACAAAGUCCCUCCAGACCAGAGCUUCUCUGGCAGGCAGUUUGGCAGGAACGCGUAUGUUUGACUUCAGCUUCCUCAGUAAAGCUGAAAAUAAUAACAAGUGAAGGCCAGCAAGUAUACACUGUGUAAAUUCAACUAUCAAACAAAUCCUUGAAUGGAGAACGAGAGAUCAUGUUGCAUAAGGCUGCUUUCAUCAUCUGAGGCAUUAAGAAGACAACACAGAAGUAAAUCUUAUAUAUUCAGAGAUUUUUCCUUUUCAGAGGUUUAUUUUGAGAUAUAUCUAUAAACACGAUAUUGCAGUCAGGAAAACACAUAUUGCCUAAGAAACCUCAAGCAAGCAUUCCAGGUCUGACGAUGUGAAAGAAUUGCCAGAUUUCUUCACUUGGGACUUUUAAGUGAAGUCAGGUGAACUGAUGACAGAGAGAACAGCUACGCUCCACUGACCACAGGAACAUGCUGUCUUGAUUCGGAAAUUGAGUCGGAACUCGCAUUAUGCUCCGGUCUUGGAGUCUCUCUUCACCUCCUGAUCAGUGGAAACUCUAGACUCUGACCCCGGUUUUUAGAGCUUCCGUGGGCCGCUGCAAGCUGGCAGAAGCUUCUUAUUCUGUCAGAUUCUUCCUGAAACAAGUGUUGAGUGUCUCUGCGCUUUUUUUAAGAAGGUUUUAAAGUAUUUUAUGACAUAAUAAAGAGCAUUAUUGUUAUUUUAACUCAAACUGAGUCAAAAUUAUAGAUUUUUGGAUGAAACUGGAGAUCUCCCACUAAUGAACACUGUCAUAAAUACUGGAAUUAUUGUUUUGAACAUCAUAUACAUUACAAAAGUUUGUUGUGUAAAAAACUAAAAAAACAAACAAUUAAUACUCUUAUUAGGCAAGCAUGAAAUUAACAGUGUAGACAUUUAUAAAGUUACAAAUGUUUUUCAUUUAAAUAAAUAUGCUGUUCUUGGAA